UGCUUGCUGUUUAGUGCUGCUUGUGGUGCACGGAACGGAACAGAGAGCGGAAUCACAUAGGGGACAACCAGCACCACCGCUUCAAAGUGCGUCAGGCAGCCGAGCGCGAUCGCAUCCAGCCAGUGCGCGAUAGCGCAAUGAUAACACAAGGCUCGUCGACGCCUUGACUCUACGAUAAUAGUAACGCAGGAGCGGCCCGUUGCCGUGAUGUUAGUGCGCGAUUCCCGGCUCUAGGUGCACUCCACGAACUGCAGGGCUCGGUGCGAUUCGGCGAGUUCUGGAUCCCACGGCGAUGCCAGUGAGUGAGAUCGUCCCGACUGCGGCGGCGUUCCUGACUAGGCCCUCCAAUGGGCAAUUGCCUCGCUUGCUUCAAGGAGCCCCCAGUGACGGCCCCAGAAAGCAACACUAACUGCCAAAAAGAAGAAAUGCCUGAAGCGCCACUGUUUUCGACGACCUCACACAUUCCAAGCGUACUCUCGCUGGAAACGAACCUGAUCAGUAACGGCAACCACCUGGCGGCUGUCGAGUCCGUGCAGAGUACACCUGCAAUCGCGCGUUUCUACUCGUACCCAAAACGCACGCAGAGCAAGAGCGCACCAGCCAUGGGAGCGGCAGAUAGCAAGGCACCGUCGGACGCCAAGCUCAAUCAGCUUUUCGACGGCUACAAGGACCGCGACGACGAUGCCAUCCUCGAGGAGGGCAUCGAACAGUUGUGUAAGGACUUACAGGUUUCUCCGGAAGACUUUCGCGUGCUGUUGCUGGCGUGGAAGCUCAACGCUGAAAUGAUGUGUCGCUUCACGCGCGUCGAAUUCGUCGGCGGGCUGCGGCGUAUUCGCGUCGACUCGAUCCGUGCGCUUCAGGCGCGACUGCCGGAGUUAGUCGCCGAGGUGGACGCCAACUACGAGUCGUUCAAGGCGCUCUAUCGGUUCACGUUCAAGUUCGGCCUGGACGCUGCCAGCGGCGAGCGCAUCCUGCCUACCGAGACCGCUAUGGUGCUCUGGCGGUUGGUAUUCACAGUGCGCGAGCCGCCGAUCCUACGCCGCUGGCUCAACUUCCUCAAGCAGCAUGAGCAAUACCGCGGCAUACCGAAGGACACAUGGAACAUGUUCCUGAACUUUUCGGACACGGUCGGCGACGACCUCAGCUCAUACGACGACAACGAAGCGUGGCCUAGCAUAUUCGACGACUUCGUUGAAUUCGAGAACGACCAGGCCAAUCAGAACGUCGCCAAAGAAGAUAACCUGAUGAUCCUGAAGGACGGCUGACCUUCGCUACGCCGCCUCCUUUUCCAUGACGUUGAAUUUUUAUAAACGCGACACGCGAAUUGUACAUACGACAUUUGUAUCCGUGUAACUGUAUAUGUUCUGUGACCGUGAUUCUAAUCUUAGUUGGGGGAGCGCUCGCGCCGUUUUGUGGCCGACUUAAGCUUCUGUGAGACGGGCGGGAGACAUGUUGAAUGGACUAUGAAUAAAUCGACAUAAUAACUAUUAA